AUGGCUUUCUCCGUCAAAGGAAAAUCCGCCAUUGUAACGGGUGCAGGUUCAGGCAUCAACUUAUGUUUCGCCAAACUCCUGCUUGAGAAUGGGUGCAACGUUCUAAUCGCAGACCUGGCCCUUCGACCUGAGGCGCAGGAGGUGGUGAAUUAUUAUUCCAGUCAACCAAGCAGACCCAAUCGAGCUGUUUUCCAGAAAACAGAUGUCGUCGACUGGGAGCAGCUAGAGAGAAUGUUUGAGGUUGCGGUGAGAGAGUUUGGUGAUGUCGACAUUGUAUGUCCAGGUGCUGGAAUCUACGAACCGCACUGGUCCAAUUUCUGGCGACCUCCGGGGGCUCCCGAAAGCCGUGAUCCACGAGAUGGAGGUCGAUACGCUUUGCUAGAUAUCAAUCUGACUCAUCCAAUCCGCACAACUCAGUUGGCUAUAUCUCACUUUCUGCGCAAUCGAAGUAGCAAAAGACCGAAGCAUAUCAUCCAUAUUUCCAGUAUUGCAGGGCAGAGCCCAGCACUGGCUGCGCCAAUAUAUGUAGCUACGAAACACGCGAUCAAUGGUCUGGUGCGAUCGUUGGCCAAGCUGGACAGCAAAUUUGGCAUUCGGGUGACUGCUGUUGCCCCGGGAGUCAUCAAAACACCACUAUGGACGGAUCAUCCGGAGAAACUGAAGAUGGUUGACGACAAAGCCGACGAAUGGGUAACCCCGGAGGAGGUGGCUGAGGUGAUGCUAGCUCUCAUCCAGCAGGACAGUGUCAGCGAAAUUAUCGGAGACAAAUCAGGCCAAGGCACUCAAUUCCCUGUGCAAGGGGGAACCAUCUUGGAAGUCUCCAAGAGCGUUCGCGCUGUCAGUCCAUUCAAUGACCCAGGGCCAGCAGGACGACGGGGAAACACUGUGUCGGACAUGGCCAAGGUAGAGGAUGAGGAAUAUGGAGAUAUGGUAUGGAGCACGGAGUCGAUCCGCAGAUAA